AUGAAUCUUGUUCAAAGUCAAAUGGUUGAGAUGACCAAUUGCAUGAACAGAGACGACGUUGAACAUGCUGAAGCUGCCACUAAGAAAGAGAAAAGCCUUAUUACCCUUGAUGUUGAUAAUGUUAAAAAGGGGGAAGGUAACUUAAGAGGAGGUGGCAGCAGUUCUAGAAGCAAUAACUUAAGAGGAGGUUCUUUGACAGGCACCAUAUCAAAAAGAAAAGCCAUUGAGGAAGGAAGUUGCAGACCAGCCAAAAGAGGUGGAGGUCGCGGUGGUGACCGAGGUGGUGGAAGUGGUGGAAGGGGUGGUCGUGCUCCCAGUGGUGGUCGUGCUAUCGUUCAUCAAUUUCGUAAUCUCAUGACUGGUGAAGGGUUCGCUGAUCCAAACGUGAAAAGGAAAGGAUGA